CUCAGUUUUGUUCUGUCCUGUUCAGUUUUGCGCUGCCUGCACGUAACCUUCAUUAAAGAGUGUUCUUCAGUUCCUGCUGUCUCCUCCGUUUGGGUCCACCUGCUCCACGCUCCACUCCAUGACACAUAGCUUAAAAUAAACAGCCCAACAUUUGAUUAAAAAUGUCCUUUUGUGUUGUACAUUAAAGAAGGUUAUGUUAAAGCUACUGAAGGAAGAUGUAUAAAAAGUAGGAAGCGGGUUAUAGUGUGGAGAGGUGUUCAUCCUUCUGUUUGCAUGUACUGUAUGCUUCACUAAUGUAACACAAAGACACGCUGUCCACCGUUUAAACUUUUCCUCCAAACAACAAGUAAAAUCCAAUGACUACAUUUUCCCAAUCAGGCAAUCAAAGGCAUACUUUUACUCACAUGGAACUGACCACAGACACUUGUGUUUUUAUCGCUGUGCUGAAUAACAUGUGCAGCACCUGCCUUUAUGAUACAAUACUUAGUGGACCUUUGCUCUUCCUCAUUAAGUCUACCAUAAUUAUUCUCACCUUUAAUAUCUUUGAUUUUAUAUAAUCUUCUCCCUCUUAUAUUCUUAUUUUAAAAACAUGUUCUCCUGUGUCUAAAACCAUUUCAGUGAUGAUUUCCAAGGUCUCAUUAGCGUAAGACAGAUUCAAAUCAAAAGUAUUUCACAAUACUAUCAUGUCAGUUUAUCUCUUGUUUCUGAUUAUGUUUCUCAUGAAGUAUAUUAGCUCAGAUGGAAGAUAAAUAUCACGUGCCAAGUCAUUUCUUGGCCAUGAACAAUGCUGAUGUUCACUCCACCUACAAUAGGUACUGUAUGUUGAAUCCAAGCUAAGGAGGAGGAGAUGCAAUAAAACUUUUUGCAGUUAAGAAACACAAAACGUCAUACUGGACAUAAAGUGAAGAGGGCAGAUAACAGCUGACAAAGACGAUUACACAGCAAUUUAGUGUAAUUAAUUGUGGCUUAAGUCCACAAUUUUAUGGAUAUGUUUUGAUCAAUUUGUGAAUCAUUUGACCCUGAGGAGUACAACCAGUCAUUAGAGUCAGUAAUGACCAAUUUGUUUCUCUUUAAAAGGAUAUGAAGUAAUCAAGUUUCUCAGUUCAGAUUACACAUUAACCAAGCCAACACAAUGAUAACAUGUGCUUGUGGGGGGCUGUGGCUGAGGCAAAGGUGUCCCUUUAUCUGAUGCAUGUUUUCUAUAAAAGCCUGUGCAUCCUGAGGUCAGUUUAUUUAACAGUUGCAAACCAGGAGUUUACUUUCACAAAGUGACAAUGUUUAAAUUUGUGGGACUGAGUCUUGUGCUGCUUUCAGCAGUGGGAGCAGCAGCGGUAGAAAGAGUGGAGUAUGACUACUACAAAUACCACCCCAUGCCAGAGAUCACCAAAUGGAUGGAUCAGAUGGUGAAGGAUUAUCCUGAUGUUGUAAGCAUAAUGACAUACGGACAGACCUAUGAGAAUAGGCCCAUUAGCUUGCUCAAGAUUGGCCUGAAUACUGGAGCGAAAAAGAAAGCUAUCUGGAUGGACUGUGGUAUUCACGCCAGGGAGUGGAUUGCCCCAGCCUUCUGUCAAUACUUUGUCAGACAGAUCCUGCAAGCAUACAAAACAGAUCCAAAAAUGGAAGAGAUGAUGAAGAACAUGGACUUCUACGUCACCCCGGUGCUCAACGUGGAUGGCUACAUCUACUCCUGGAAGGACAAGACAACUCGACUCUGGAGGAAGAACAGGUCACCGGGACCUGAAGGCUGCGAUUUUUAUGGCACUGAUCUCAACCGCAACUUUGACGCCAACUGGGGCUCAAUCGGGGUAUCAUUUAACUGCAGCUCAGAAAUCUACUGUGGGAGAAAACCUGUGUCUGAGCCCGAGACCCAGGCUGUAACUUACUUUGUAGGAACCCGGAAGGAAGACUUCCUGUGUUUCCUCACCAUCCACUCCUACAGCCAGCUGCUCCUGAUUCCAUAUGGAAACCCCAACUUCACCGCCCCCAACUACGAUGAGCUGAUGAAGGUGGGUUUGGCUGCAGCAGACGCCAUUAAGAAAGUCCACGGGAUGAACUAUACUGUAGGAACCUCACCGGCUGUAUUGUACCCCAACGCUGGUUCAUCCAGAGACUGGGCUCGGAUGCAGGGAAUCCCCUUCUCCUACACAUUUGAGCUGAGAGACAAAGGACAAUAUGGCUUUGAGCUUCCCCAGGACCAGAUCCAACCAACCUGUGAGGAGGCCUACAGCGGAGCCCUGCACAUUAUCACCUACGCCCACGACAAGACCUUUGCAGUGACCAGUGCCACGGCCACUGCUGCCGCAACCCUGUGGACCAUGCUUUUGGCAUUGGGUGUCACCAGCGCCACCCUGAUGUGAAGUGGUUAAAACUGCAUGAGGGAUACUGACAACUUAGAUUUUAAAUUGGUUUUGAAGGUUUUUUUUAUUCUCAGUUGAGGGAUUUUUUUAUUGUUGAUAAAUUAUGUGAUAAAUAGCAUCUGUUGAAUAAAUAACAAUGAACUCUUAGUUCAAACUAUUACACAACAGCUGAACAGUGUAUUUGAAUGUUCUGAAAUAUUUAUAUCUAUUGAAUUAGGAAUAAAAUCUUUAAAUGCACUCCA